AUGAACGUUUCCGUUCUCCUUGGCCCUACUUGCACUAUAAUUCCGAUACUGACCGACGAGGACGUGGACGUGGACAUGGACGUGGACUUGGUCGUGGUCAUGGACGUGGUCGUGGUCGUGGACGUGGACGUGGUCGUGGACAUGGACAUGGACCUGGACGUGGACGUGGACGUGGACAUGGACGUGGACGUGGACGUGGUCGUGGUCGUGGACGUGGACGUCGACGUGGUCGUGGACGUGGACGUGGACGUGGUCGUGGUCGUGGACGUAGACGUGGUCGUGGUCGUGGACGUGGUCGUGGACGUGGACGUGAUCGUGGACGUGGACGUGGACGUGGACGUGGUCGUGGACGUGGACGUGGACGUGGUCGUGGACGUGGACGUGGAGGUGGUCGUGGACGUGGUCGUGGAGGUGGUCGUGGACGUGGACGUGGACGUGGACGUGGUCGUGGACGUGGACGUGGACGAGUUCGUGGACGUGGACGUGGACCUGGACGUGGACGUGGACGUCGACGUGGACGUGGACGUGGUCGUGGACGUGGACGUGGACGUGGUCGUGGUCGUGGACGUGGUCGUGGACGUGGACGUGGACGUGGACGUGGUCGUGGACGUGGUCGUGGUCGUGGACGUGGUCGUGGUCGUGGUCGUGAACAUGGACGUGGACGUGGACGUGGACGUGGACGUGGUCGUGGACGUGGUCGUGGACGUGGACGUGGUGGUGGUCGUGGACAUGGUCGUGGACAUGGUCGAUGUGGUCGUGGUCGUGGACGUGGACGUGGUUGUGGACGUGGACCUGGACGUGGACGUGGACGUGGUCGUAGACUUGGUCGUGGACGUGGUCGUGGACGUGGACGUGGUCGUGGACGUGGACAUGGACGUGGACGUGGACAUGGACAUGGACGUGGACGUAGACGUGGACGUGGACGUGGACGUGGUCGUGGACGUGGUCGUGGAGGUGGUCGUGGACGUGGACGUGGUCGUGGACGUGGACGUGGACGUGGACGUGGACAGGGACGUGGACGUGGACGUGGACGUGGACGUGGUCGUGGACGUGGACGUGGUCGUGGACGUGGACGUGGACGUGGACGUGGACGUGGAGGACGUGGACGUGGACGUGGAGGACGUGGACGACUUGGACGUGGACAUGGACGUGGACGUGGACGUGGACGUGGACGUGGACAUGGUCGUGGACGUGGACGUGGACAUGGACGUGGACGUGGACGUGGACGUGGACGUGGACAUGGUCGUGGACGUGGACGUGGACGUGGACGUGGACAUGGACGUGGACGUGUGA